AUGGGUUCAAUGAGCCAAUUAGAAGAUAGUGAAACACAUGAAAAUAUAUAUCCUUCACCAUUAGAAAAUGAUACACAACUGAUUCUUUCAUCAUCAUCAUCUUCAUCCGCUGAUGAUGAUUUACUCACAACGAAUAUGUUAACACAUGAUCAACAGAUUAUUUUUGAUAAAGCACUUGGUGAAAUGUUAACACGACAUUUUUAUUUAAUACAACAUGAAUUUCUUUCAUCGGAUCAUUUCGAAGGUUGGAUAUAUACAUAUAAUCGUCAUCGAUAUAAAAUUAUCAUAAGUUAUUAUUUAUCAUGUUCAUGUAAAAAUUUUCGAAAAAAUUUUGUUUGUAAACAUUUUCUAUUUGUUCUCAAACGUAUAUUUAAUGUUAAUCUUUAUUCAUUUGAUAUUCGUCUUUCUAUUAUGCAAUAUCAUCAAUUUACAAGUAUUGAUCUCGAAGAUAUUUUUCAAGGACAAGUUCGUCGACUUUGUCCAAUUGUUACACCAUUAAUACAAAUAAAUAAAAAAGAAAAAUUACCAUUAACACUUAAACGUCAAUCAAUUGAUUAUACGGAUGUUUGUCCAAUAUGUUUUGAAAGUUUACUUAUGAAAAAUCGAAAAUUAGUCACAUGUUUUUAUUCCUGUGGUAAAUCAAUGCAUAAGCAUUGUAUGAAUGAAUGGAAACGUGUUCAAGGAAAAUCUAUUAAUUGUCCACUUUGUCAAGCUCAUUGGAUUGAUCCAUCAACAGCAGAAAAAGCUGUACUUAAUCAUUAUUCUCAUCGUUCAUAUCCAGUUGUUAAACGGGAGAAAUAUAUUCUUUGUUGUUUAUAUACUCCUCCAGAUUGGCUCUAG